AUGACUUCGACGCCCCUUCCCAAGACCCCCAUGACUUCGACGCCCCUUCCCAAGACCCCCCAUGACUUCGACGCCCCUUCCCAAGACCCCCACAUGACUUCGACGCCCCUUCCCAAGACCCCCAUGACUUCGACGCCCCUUCCCAAGACCCCCAUGACUUCGACGCCCCUUCCCAAGACCCCCAUGACUUCGACGCCCCUUCCCAAGACCCCCAUGACUUCGACGCCCCUUCCCAAGACCCCCAUGACUUCGACGCCCCUUCCCAAGACCCCCCAUGACUUCGACGCCCCUUCCCAAGACCCCACAUGA